AAAAAAAUCACGUUUUUUCCCUUCUUAUUAAAUAACACGUUACCCCCUUAAAAAAAGAACGUUUUUUUUUUCAUUAUUAUUAAAUAACACGUUCAUGUUUUUUUUUUUUUUUUAGGGGGGGGUGUGUAACAAUUUCAGUGGGGAACGAUGAUUUGAGACGGACGAACGUCGCUCCACACUUGCACGAAGAGUCCAAGGACCGCCGGCGACGCCCCCCCAGUGAGGUCACGUCGCGUGGCCGCGUCCCGUGACGUUCCCGAUGGGCGGCUCGUCAACAACAGCCGCUCUGUGUGUGCGUGUGGCGGGAGGAACGCCGCAGCGGGGACGGAGCCGGUGCGUGUUGUUUUGGGUUGUAACCCCGCAGACAGCCAGCGCCGACCGGAGGGCAGCAGUCAGCAGGGGCCUGUGGAAAAGAUGGCGGACGUAGGGAGCGACGAGACGCGGGCCGCUCUCCCUUCGGCAUCCCACCACAACGGCCCGGCGGCGGCGUCCGCACCGACGGCGGGCACCGCGGGCCUCAGCCCGGCUACCGUGACGUCGGGUCCGCGGAUGGUGCGGAUCGUCAAGUCCGAGUCCGGCUACGGCUUCAACGUCCGCGGGCAGGUCAGCGAAGGCGGCCAGCUGCGGAGCAUCAACGGGGAACUGUACGCUCCUCUCCAGCACGUCAGCGCCGUGCUGCCCGGCGGUGCUGCGGACCGGGCGGGCAUCGCCAAGGGUGACCGCAUUCUGGAAGUCAACGGCGUGAGCGUGGAAGGCGCCACCCACAAGCAGGUGGUGGACCUGAUCCGCGCCGGCGAGAAAGAGCUGGUCCUGGCCGUGCUGUCGGUCCCGUCGCAGGACGCCGACGGCCUGGAGGGCGCCGACGACGUGCAGCCCAACUACGACUACGGCGACAAGCAGGCCGUGCCCAUCUCCAUCCCCACCUACAAGCACGUGGAGCAGCACUCCGAGAGGUUUGUGGUAUACAACGUGUACAUGUCGGGGCGGCAGCUGUGCUCCAAGCGCUACCGGGAGUUCGCCAUCCUCCACCAGAACCUCAAGCGCGAGUUCUCCAACUUCAGCUUCCCAAAGCUGCCCGGCAAGUGGCCCUUCUCGCUGUCCGAGCAGCAGCUGGAUGCCCGGCGCCGAGGCCUGGAGGAAUACCUGGAGCGAGUUUGUUCUGUACGGGUGAUCGGGGAGAGCGACAUCAUGCAGGAGUUCCUCUCGGAAUCAGACGAGAACUACAACGGCGUGACAGACGUGGAGCUGCGAGUGGCGCUGCCCGACAAGACCGCCAUCUCCGUAAGGGUGCGCAAGAACAGCACCACGGACCAAGUCUACCAGGCGUUGGUGGUGAAGGUCGGCAUGGACAGCAUCAUGGCCAGCUACUUUGCCCUCUUUGAAGUCAUCAAUCACACGUUUGUGCGAAAGCUGGCGCCCAACGAGUUCCCGCACAAGCUUUACGUGCAGAACUACACAUCGGCGGUGCCGGGCACUUGCUUGUCGCUGCGCAAGUGGCUCUUCAGCUUCCAGGAGGAGGAGCUGCUCCGGGACAACCCGCUGGCGCUGCACUACUGCUUUCACCAGGCACUGGAUGAUGUGAAGAAGGGAUUCAUAAAAACAGAGGACAAAUCCUACCAGCUGCAGAAGCUGGCAGAGCAGCGCAAGAUGGCCACGUACCUGAGCCAGCUGCGCUCGUGCGAGGGCUACAACGAGGUGGUUUUCCCGCACUGCUCCUGCGACUCCCGGAGGAAGGGCCACGUCGUCACGGCCAUUAGCAUCCACCACUUCAAGCUGCACGCCUGCACCGAGGACGGCACGCUGGAGAACCAGGUGAUCGCGUUUGAGUGGGCCGAGAUGCAGCGCUGGGACACGGACGAGGAGGGCAUGGCCUUCUGCUUCGAGUACGCCCGAGGGGAGAAGAAGCCCCGCUGGGUCAAGAUCUUCACUCCAUACUUCAACUACAUGCACGAGUGCUUCGAGCGGGUCUUUUGUGAGCUCAAGUGGAGGAAGCAGGUCGAGGAAGAGGCUUCCGACAAAGACAACAAAAACUGCAGCAACAACGAGUUUCUGCCGCCUCUGGAGACGCAGCAGAAGGCCUGGCGCCACCUAGGGGGGGAGAUCGCCACGUCCUAAACGAACGGCAAAACCGCCAACCAUACCCCCCACCCCACCCACCAACGCCCUCCCCCCGCUCCGCACUGAACUCUCCCACUCGCAUCGUCACACUCACCCCUUCCCCGAGAGCGCGCCCAUCGAUCAGAUCACACCAGGACUUGCGGGACGGCCGGGAGGCAGUCGGCACCCCCCGCCCCCCUCCCCUGGAGAAAGAUCAAACUGGGAUUUUUUUUUUUUUUGCAGGAGGGGGCAGGACUAUAGGAACACGUCACACAAUUAAUCAAGGGAUACGUACAAAGACGAGCGAUGAAGGGAAGUCCGCUUUCAUUUCAUUCCAUCCGAUCUCCAUCCCGUGUGUCUGUGAGAUGCCCCCCAACCCCCUCCCCCCACACGCCACGAGCCGCCGCACGCGUCGGUCGGCGUGCGACGGACGGGAACGUGAGCCGGAAACGGGACUUUGGGGGGGUGAGGCAGGUGAUCCGAUACGCUCGGCGCGGAGCGAGCCCGCGGCCGCCUUAGCGAAAAGGGACGGUGUAAAAAAAAAAAAAAAAAAUGGCGUGCUAUCGCUAGCGAAAGAUGCAAAGUCUGAUGCUGGAUAUGAACAAAAAUGUUUUCUAUUAGUGGGGUCUGUUUUUGUUUUUUUGUUUUUUUUUGCUGUUGUUGUUUGUCGUUUUUGUCCGAAAACGCACAUGACAAAAAAAAUGUAACUGUUCUAAUCGUGUGUACGUUUAACAAGCAUAUUUUUUCCCCCUGAUCAAAUAUAGAUUAAUAUAAGAGCUAUAACAAUUGAUUUAUUGGUUCCGGCAUUCAUUGUAUGGAAAGUCACAUGGGCAUUUUAUUCAAUAUAUUUGGUAGUAAUCCUCACGUUCCAUGUAGUAGUACCUUAUUUGUCCUCACAGUAGAUUGACUGUCAUACUAGUAGUGGGUUUUUUUUUCCAGUGACAAGUGCCGCCUUUGGUAUACUAGUACACAUUAAACCUUCAUGGUGAACUACUGUCCUGCACUACUGGGCUCAACGGCGGUAAAAUGGCUUCCACUUGUAAACUUUAAGGUACUCAAAAGUGCUUUAAACUUAGUUAUCUCUCGUGCACUAGUAGCCUCCGGGAUUCUACUAGCGCCAAAAUGCUCCCUCAAUAGUUUUGCCUCAGUUGUAACACACAUAGUUACAGUUGCUAGUGUGCAGAAAUGCCAUACAGUAGUGGGGAAAGCGUCAAGUCACUCGUCGUACUAGUACAGUUGCUCGUCUUACUAGCGAGGACAAAUAGCUUACUAGUACAUGGUUGUUAAGAUGUAUAUAAAAGCGCGUUAAAGAAAUGCUCCAUUGGCUUUCCGUGCAAUAUAAUUGGACGGGUCUCCGUUUGUUUUUUUCGGGCAAAAUUAAGUAAUGUUAUGUGAUGCAGUUCUCCAAAUGGACAAUAGAGGGCAACAUUUGUGCGUAUGUGAGCCAUUGCGGCGUGCAGCCCAGCAAAGUGCCCCCCCCCCAACCCCACCCUCCCUCAUGCAAAUGGUGGCUCCAUCAAGCAGGUGUGUGUGUAAA